GGUACUGACUGGUACAGUUAGCGUCACUGGAAGAAAUCGAGCCUUGUGCGCGGCAGAGAAAGUGAAGUGGAAUCUCAGGGUUCGUCGGCUUGUCAAGUGAAUGUUGAAGUGAGGGUGUGUUCGCCAUUUACCUGGACGGCCAUCAGUGCUCUUGUGACUACUUUACUAAACGAGGACACAGAUACAACUGUACAUUUGUAUUUAUUGUGUUAACGCUGGCUACUCUUCUGAAGAAAGCAGGGUCCGGAUUAAAGGAUGUGAAGAAGGCUCUGAGUCGGGGCUCCAAGAUGAGUGUGACGUCAUGGUUCCUGGUCAGCAGCUCAGGUACAAGACAUCGGUUGCCACCAGAGAUGAUCUUUGUAGGCCGGGAGGAGUGCGAGCUCAUGUUGCAGUCGCGCAGUGUGGACAAGCAGCAUGCAGUCGUCAACUACAACCCAGCCACAGACGAGCACAUGGUGAAGGACCUGGGCAGCCUGAACGGGACUUUUGUGAAUGAUCUGAGAAUCCCAGACGAGACUUACAUUACCCUGAUGCUCUCUGAUGUCAUCCGCUUUGGAUAUGAUUCUCAUGUGUACAUCCUGGAGAGGAGUCAACACAAGGUGCCAGAGGAGGCUCUCAAACAUGAGAAGUACACCAGCCAGCUGCAGAUGAGUAUGAAGGCACUGGAGGCAAGGAAGAAGGAGAAGGAGAGGCAGCAUGCUAAGGAGAAGACCAGAGACUCAUCCUGCUUCAAACAGGAGAAAGCCGAGCAUAAAGCUGCCCUCGCAGCAGUGGCCAGCGAGACUCCAGUGUCCAGACCCACUCCUCUGUAUGGGCAGCCGUUGUGGUGGGGGGAGGAUGAUGCUGAACACAGUGGAGGACAGCGGCCAGACGAGGACCCUGCAGAGAAUACUAAAGAGGGCUCCAGACAUGAGAUCAGCGGCUCCCUGUCAGACAGCCAGGCCAAGACAAUCUACUCGCACCACAGGGAGCCAAGCUACUUUGAGAUACCCACCAAGGAGUUCCAGCAGCAGGAGCUCCAUGAGGUUCCCACUAAGGACACUGACCCCCCUUCUCUCCCUGUCCCUGUUCUCCCUCCAGUCCCCACCUCCACACCCCCUGUGGUGCAGAGCCACGCCUCCUUCACCAUUGAGUUUGAUGAAUGCACACCAAGCAAGAUCAAGAUCAAGGACCAUGUGACAAAGUUUUCCUUCCGCCAGCAACGCAAGCUCCCGGGUAAGGAGGCGGUGACAGCGCCCACUGAGGUUAUAUCAGCGGAGUGCAAGGUGGCUGAUUGGCUGGUCCAAAGCGAUGUGAGCAUGAUGAGGAGGAGGUCUCGGACAGAGGACAUGUUCAGCUCAAAGAGUGGCCUGCCCAUCUGCAACGAGGCUUCCACAGGCCACCACCAUGAGGAUGGGACUUGGAGUGACUCUGAGGAUCCUGUUGUAAAUGGGAAACGGGCUAUACAAUUAAAGCCACCGAUGGGCCCUCACAAAUUUUUACCGCCCCAGCUGGCCCUCCCUAGACCCUUCACCAACCCUGACUCAGCGGAUCCUCAGUCUCACUCCCCUCCUCCAAGCCAGGACAAAGCAGACCCCCAGCAGGGCUUCGUCAUUGAGUUCUUUGACGACAAUCCACGCAAGAAGCGCUCACAGUCCUUCACCAACAACACAGGCCAGCUCGACAGCCCGGCCCUCAGGAACAAGCCGGAGAAAAGGUGCGACCCCAGCACCCCCACCCAGCAGUACACCAUUCCCUUGAAGGGCCCGGGUUCUGGAGGCCCCCAGAGGGCCGGCUCCCUGAGGAGGGAGAAGAUGGAGGAUCGGAUCAGUAACAACAUCUCCUCCUGCUCCAUCCCUCCCAGGCUGUUUAGAAGUGUGGGACGCAGGUCCAAACUGGCCCAGGACUUCACGGCUGAGUUCCUGAGGGAGUCCAGACAGGAGUCUAGGCCGAGCAUGAACACAACCUGGGAGAAGAAUACGUCUCCUGUGUCUCCUACCACCAGCCCCCCACCAACAGUAGAGGCAAUAGCACCCCACUCCUACCCCCACCAGACCACACCAAGCCCCCCUCAGCCAUACCUGACUCAGACUUCAUCCUGUACCCACCAGUCUGUGCCCCUGAAAGCCCCUCUAAUGCCCAUGGCCCCACGCAGCCUGGAGGCCCCACGCAGCCUGGAGGCCCCACGCAGCCUGGAGGCCCCACGCAGCCUGGAGGCCCCACGCAGCCUGGAGGCCCCACGCAGCCUGGAGGCCCCACGCAGCCUGGAGGCCCCACGCAGCCUGGAGGCCCCACGCAGCCUGGAGGCCCCACGCAGCCUGGAGGCCCCACGCAGCCUGGAGGCCCCACGCAGCCUGGAGGCCCCACGCAGCCUGGAGGCCCCACGCAGCCUGGAGGCCACAAGCCCCAAAGGCCUGGGGAACGAGGAGGAUGAUACCUUGAGUGAAGCAGGCACCUACACCAUUGAGACAGAGUUCCAGGAUAAAGAGGUGGAGGAGGCACGCAGCAAGAUAGAACAAGUGUUUGGUGUUGUUGAGGGGCCAGAGCAGCCCGGCCAGACUGCAGCAGCAGCAUGUAAGCCUGUUGAGUUUCAGGACAGGGAGGAGCGUAGGGAGAGUAGCUUGGUGGAUCUGAUGCCAGCUCCAGGGCAGGGACAGAAUCUGGUGCAGGUACCUGGUGGCUCUAAGUGGGUGUCUUGCUGGGCCAGCCUGGCAGACAGCUACACACACUCUGGCCCUGCCUCAGGCCUCUUCGAAAUCCCCUCACAGAUGGACCUGUCAGGAGGAGUUGGUGGGAGGACCGUCCAUCAGGCAACGCUCAGUCGGAACAUCAAUAGUGUGGAAUCGGAAGGCCCAAGUUCCAAAACACAGCGUAUUCCUUCUCAGGCACCAUCGAUGGAAAAUAAUGAGACUCCAACUCCCAGCAUUCUUAUCCAUCAGGACACUUACUCUACCUAUGAUAUCAAAGAGAGGAGCUUCAGAGUCCUUGGACCACAGGAGGACCUCCACAACCUGUCUGUACAGGAUGACCUUGACCAAGACAGCCUGAGUGAUGCCAGUAAGUCAGACGACAGCUCCAUCGUGGAGCAGAGGAAGAUGCCCACACCAGAGAGGACAGACAAGAGUACAUCUCAGAGCAGUGAAAAGGAGAGGCCCACACUCCCAGCCAAGUCUACAUCAUUCUACAUUGGCUCUAAGGAGAGUGUGUCUAAACAGGAGCGGGGAUCCAGACCCAAUACACCCAGGAUUGAGAGAAAACCACCACCACAUCCCAACACACCACAGUUCUCCACAGCCACCCUGACCAAACAACAGGGUGGACAAGAAUUUCAGAAGACAGUCAAGCUCAACUCAUCAGCUCCCAAGCUUGACUACCAGGGCAGAGUCAGCCCUGAGCCCAACGAGAUCGCAGUGUUUCUGGUCAGGCAGGAGAGUUUCAUUAAGGACCAGCCAAGUGAUGCUGCGGUCACCAGACUCCCACACAUCUCCAGCCAGCCUGCUCUGAAUGACCCUGACCCUGCUGAGGCGUUCCAGGGUGUUUGCAGCCAGGACACCCACUCCUACCUCAAUGGGACCGAGGAUGCUCUGGCUGACCUGGCGGCCAAGCUCCAGGCCCAGCCGCCUGAUGUUGUUCCUCACCCCAUAGAUUACUCUCUGUCUGGGGAGUCUGACAUGGACUCAGCGAGCACUGCCAGCCUGCGCAACAACCAGACUGCCCCCAAGACUGGAUCCAAGAAGCCCUUGUUCACUAGUGGCGUUCAGAGGGAGAGGUCCUCUGCCAGCUCCUUCACCCAGGAGCCCAGUCGCCAGCAGUCAGCCUUCGAUCGCCUGUCCGAGAAGCGGCGGUCCCAGAGAGUGGACAGCAGCAGGAAGCCUGAACAAGACAGGAGGCUGGGAAUGAGAUGCUGUGUUGUAAAACAUGGCACCAUGGACCUGAGUGACGACCCUCAGAGCUUCAGCUUACCCUACUGGCCUGAAACCAUCUCCUCAGACCAGGCGGUCCCCCGGCCCGCUGCAUGCAAGAAGUACACCGUCCCCCUGCAGAAGGAGGAUCCCACUAAGUCCUCCAAAGUGGCCCAGGCCCUAACCCGCUCCAACAGCAUGUCUGCCCCACGGCCCACAAGAGCUUCAAUGCUUCGCCGGGCUCGCCUGGGCGAGGCAUCCGACAACGAGGUUACAGAGACAGACAGAAUCUCCCAGAACUCCCAGGAAGUCAGUGGGACCUCCAAGGCCUCCCAGGACAGUAAGAAGCAGCUCUCCAGGCUGGAUAUGCUGGCUCUGCCCCGGAAGAGGACUAGCUCCUUCACCACUCCCAGUGAUACAGAGUCCUCAGCACCCAGGACAGGCUUCUCCAACCGCAGCACAGAGUCCAACAGCGGCUCUGGCCUUAAGGCCUCCGUGGCCGGGCCCAGCACUAAGCCUGCGCUAGGCAGGGCCUCUGGAGCUUCAGGCAAGCUCAUCACCCGCGUCCGCUCCAGCAGUGCCAAAUACACCAGCAGCACAGCCAGCUCUAGACGACGACAGAAAGGCUCUGACUACACCUCCACCUCCGAGGAGGAAAUUGACUCUAACCAGAGCACCCUUAAACACAAACGCUCACACACCCCCUCAGCUUCCCGCUCCCAGCCUCUCAUACCCCCACGCCCCAAACCCCGCUCACAAGACUCGGACCAGGAGAGUCACGAGGGAGACGCCUACCAGAACUGGUCCUCUCACAGUGCUGAGAUAGCAAGACUGAGUCAGGACCUGGCUAAAGAUCUAUCCGUCCUGGCCAGGGAAAUCCAUGGUGUGACUGGUGAUGCUGAUCCUCAGAGCUCUUCUGCAGUGGAGGCCAAUACACCUGUCUCUACCAUCACCGCCAGGGAGGUGUUGGUCCAUCCCAUCCCAGAGGCUGGUGUGAACUACCUUAGAGUUCCUCCUGGAUCCGCUGCAGCCAGGGACCCCGACCAAACCAUUAUGAAUGACCAGGAAUACAACUCUAAGCACAGAGGAUGGAACCAGGAAGUGGUUGUUGUGGAUGAUCUGAUGUUGAAUCCAGUGUCCCAGAUCUCUCUGGCUAUUCGAGAAAACACAGAGCAGCUAGCUGAGAAAAUAAAGGUACUAUUCCACAACAAAACUGACGUUUGGGGGGAGAUUGACUCAAAGCUCAAUACAGAAAAUGACAUCCCUGUCCUGAAAGGCUCAAACAAGGAAAUCACAGCUAUUCUGAAAGAGCUCAGAAGAGUUCAGAGACAACUUGAAGUCAUCAACACUAUCAUUGAGCCCAGUGGAAAUUUUGAGCCAGCCAAAGCCUCCACUCCUAGUGCCACCUCCACUCCUAGUGCCCCCUCCUCAGCCGGGUUGAAGCCAUCCAGGGCCCCUUCGAGAUACUGGAGAACCUCGGGUUCCCAGCGGGGUGGGGUUCCCUCUUCCAGCUCCAGGCCCAGUGAGAGUGUCAGGAGAUCAGUUGUGGCCUCUGAGGCAGAGAGCUACGUGGUCUGAGGUUUUGGAACACAGUGCCUCCCCUUCACUGCUGCAUCACAAUUCCAGGUGUUGAGAGAGUGGAUUAGAGGGGGAAAUGGGCACUGCUAGAGAGAACUGUGGCCCCACCGCACAAAGACACUACUGUACUGUGUGUGCACUACUAGACAACUGCAAUGCGCAUUGAACUGCCAUGGUGUGAGAAAAGGGUUGUACGAGACACAAAGCCAUGCAGUGGUUAGUUCAGUCGAGGGAAAAUCACUUUAAAGGCCCAUUGCAACUGUUUAUAUCAAUAAAAAAAACAUUUCUGGAUAACAUAUAAGAACCUUACUUUAAUAGAUAUAUAUUGAAAUUGACAAAAAUAACUUUUUACACAAACUAUUUCUCAAGCAAGAAUUUUGCUAGGACUGUCUGAGUGGAGAAGAAAAACUGAAAACUAGCUGUUCUUGGCAGAGGUUUGGAACUCUUUGUUAUUGUUAUUAACCAAUUUACCGCAUGUUAUUAACCAAUUUACCGCAUGGUGAUGUCACCAUGGAAAGCCGAAAUGUCCGCCCAUGCAAACCUGCUGAUUAGAAGGACCUGUCUAGAUUGUAUUUUCAACCAGCAACUCCAGGAUCAGUGUUAGUUUCAUCAGCUGUUGAACAAUAUGAUACAAAACACAUAAACAGAAUUUUGACUACACUGGGCCUUUAAGACGAGGUCAUUAUUCUGCCAUAUACCCUUGUUGAUCUCACACUCAGAAAACUUAAGCAUACUUGAAUUUGAUUGAUUGAUUUCUAUAAUUUUAUAAUUGGGGAAAUUUUGCUGCGAUCAGCUUAGAGCACAGUAUAUUUAAAAACAGCUUGAGUAUAUUUUAUUUAAGGAAGUAUAUAUUACUAAAGUAAUUAACUAAUACAAUUAAAGCAUAUUUUGACUUUGCUUGAUUAAAUGUAUAAGUAAAGAAUUUAUAUUCUCCAGGAUUCCUUGAUAGGUUUAUUCAAGACUUUAUCACUGCUUUCUUUUGACCACUUUCUCCCUCUAUGGACCAGACCUAUUGAAGAAUGGCUAAAGUAUUUAAUUGUAAUGAUUUGUAUAUUAUUAAAGAGUUUAUAAAUUUGCACUUGGACACUUGCUUUUGCGCAAAUAGAAUGUUAUUUUUCUGGUCUCUUAAAUGACAUUGAGGCAUUUUUUAAAUGAAAUGUAAGAAUGGCUCUAGGAGUCAUUGCUUUACAAGGUCUCAUGUUGCCAGUAGAAACUUUUGCGUAUGUAUUCUCUAGAGUCAAAGGUAGUGCAUGAGGAAGCAGACCUGAUGUCUAUCUGACACUAUAGAUUUCCUUGUUCUCAGAACUGAAAGUCUGUGUGGAGUGUAUGGUUGGGUGGGCAUGUCUGGGGGGCUUAGUGCUGGGGUAGAACGUUAGUUUUAAUCACCUAGCAACAGCCAACUGCUGUAUCUGCGUAGCUCAGCCCAGAGAUUUUAAGCUUUGAAACAAUAAAACAAAGGACUCAUUCAGGGCUUUUACCAGCUAGCGCCAUUUGGAAAGUGUGUUUGUAUUGCUGAUAGGUUUGAUUGUCAUAACUGGUCAGUUGAUUGCACAGCUUUCAAUAAUGUGGUCAGACAUACAGUGAGCUCUAAAAGUAUUGGGACAGUGACACAUUUGUUGUUUUGGCUCUGUACUCCAGCACUUUGGUUUUGACAUGAUAUAAUGACUAUGAGGUUAAAGUGCACACUUAACUUUAAUUUGAGGGUAUUUUCAUCCAUAUCGAGUGAACCAUUUAGAAAUUACAGCACUUUGUAAUUUCAUUUUAGGGGACCAAAAGUGUUGGGACAAAUUCACUUGUGUAUUAAAGUUGUCAAGUUUAGUGUUUGGUCCCGUAUUCCUCGCACGCAAUGACAAUGAUUAUAUCAAGCUUGUGAAUCUACAAUGUUGUUGGAUGCAUUUGCUGCUUGUUUUGGUUGUGUUUCAGAUUAUUUUGUGCCCAAUAUAAUGAAUUGUCAUUUUGGAGCUACUUUAAGAACAUAAUGUUUCCAAACACUUCUACAUUAAAUGUGGAUGAUACCAUGAUUACUGAUAAUCCUGAAUGAAUUGUGAAUAAUGAUGAGUGGGAAAGUUACAGAUGCACAUAUCAUACCCCCCACCCCACAAAAUGCUAACCUCCCCUGAUAUUGUAAUGGUGAGAGGUUAGCAUGUCUUGGUGUGAUAUUAUCAUGGUAGCAUCCACAUUUUAAUGUAGAAGUGUUUCGAAACAUUAUAUUGUUAUUUACAAUAAAGGUGACUAUAUAAAAUUACACCGUAAAUUAUUUAUCAUUAAUUUCUAUUGGGCACAAAAUAAUCUGAAACGCAGCCAAAAUAAACAGCAAAUGGUUUUGGUCCCCUAAAAUGGGAGGACUAUGUACAAAAAGUGCUGUAAUUUCUAAAUGGUUCACCUGAUAUGAACAAAAAUACAUUCAACUUAAAGUAGUCCGUCUGCACUUUAACCUCAUAGUCAUUGUAUAAUUUCAAAUCCAAAGUGCUGGACUACAGAGCCGAAACAACAACAAAAAGUGUCACUGUCCCAAUACUAUUGAAGCUCACUGUAUCUCAGGGCAGUGUACUUUCUGUCCCCUUCUUGAUUCCCCUUUCUUGGUUGAAAUCGUCAUCUGUGGCUUCAAUUUUGCCAAAGAAUACCAAUGAUACUUGUCUUGUAGAAGUGAUUAUUAUUAACACUUUACUGACUUAAAUGCCCUCUGACAGUUUUCAGUGUCGCUUUCUGGAGAUAUUUUCUCCAGUCUCAUUGCUGUACACUCCUUCAUUCCACCAAUAAGCACAUCACACUACAUGAACUCCUGUGAUGUUGAUGCCAGUUUUAAAGGACUGUAUCAGGUGUCAACAGCAAAAUGCACUUGCUGUUUCUUGUUUUGUUCUAAUCAUUCAUCAUAAUUGUGAGCAGAAAUGUUGUGCAGUUAUACAUUAAAUCAAAAUGUCAUGCUAUAUGUACAUAUCUAAGACUUGAUGAUCUAGAGAUGACCACACCAUCUUGUAUUUUGCACUAGUACCAUUGGGACCCUUUAAUCUUAUGCUGAGAAGCUACACAUUAAGCCACCUUUUUUUACUAAGGGGGAUGCUCUCAUUCUGUUAGAUUGUAUAAAUGAUAUCCUGUCCGGAAGGAAAGGAGACUGAAAAUGCAAUAAAAUAAAGGGACUACAGUCCACAAGUGCUUGUCCUUUUCCCAACAGUUUGUGUAGCUGUAUAUGAAAUUGUAAAAGGAAUUUCCCUCAGUGCCACAAAGCCUUUUGGGAUAUAUGGUUUCAUACCACAAAGUACAGUUCUUGUUUACACCCAUGGGCUCAGUUAAAUCUGUCUCUGAGCUUUUGAUUGCUAUGACACAAAGUGCUGCUGCUAUUCUGCUUUGUGGAAGUUUUAUUACAUUUCUCCAUCAAAAGCUCCAGUUAAACACUUUAAUCGAGAAAUAUCUUGAUGUCAUAUGUGAGUCAAAUGUUGUAUACCUAGCUCAUAUCCCUUUAAAGUCAUCAGUCACCAUGGUUUGUUUUUUGGGUUGGUUGGCUCUUGCACCCUAAAAGUAAUGUUAAGUUCCACAUCCUUCAGCAUCUGUUAUUUAUGAUGUUUUCCAGAAUGAAUUUAUUGGAAAGGUUAUACAUUUUGUGCAAAGUUUAGAGAAUGUGAUAACAUGUUGUAAUAAAGAGAUUUGUAAUCAA